AUGAAGAAGUACCUGAAACCACUUCAUUUUUUGGUAUCUAGCCAGUCUGCUUCAGUUGCAAUCCCUAGCUUGAUAAUUAACACUAGUGGUAACAAUAACACUGAUCUUGAUGAUCUCACAUACAAUAUUAAAUAUGAAAACAACAUUGAUAAACCUGCUCUUGUGGAUGACAAUGGAAGUGGUAUCUCUCUUUUGGUUUUCUAUUUUUCUAAUUCUGCGCCUAUUCCUAGCAAUGAUGAAUUGAUGAAUUUGGAGUUCAUCAAAAUCAUCAAGAAAUUCAACAUUUUCCGUGAUGCUCAUGAGAAGAUCACCACCCAUUUCAACAGGAUAUUGGAAAGAUCUGUUGAUCUCACUUACAAAGCAUCAACACCAUACUAUGCCAGUGAACUCUUGAAGCUUUUCUUAAGCAUCAAGAAAAAGAAGUAUGACAUUUGUCAUAAGGGAUACAUGCUGUUCAAUGAGGCAAACAUCACUGCAUGUUCUAACUGCAGUGAGCCCAGAUACAAAGAGGACAGUGACGAUCAAGGCCAUGCCAACAAACUGGUUCCAGUUAUGACAAUGGUACAAUUACUUUUGGAUAGUCAGCUUUGUUUUGCUCUGAUAAACAAAAUCACAAAAGCAGAAAUGCAAUACUAUCACCUCCACCGACCAAGCCAAUAUGGUACUGUGUCUAAUGUCUUUGAUGGGCAGGCAUAUCAGCGGAUGAAGCAUCUUUUUUCUGCGGAGAAUGACAUAGCAAUCUCAUUAUCAGUUGAUGGUUUUGCAUCUCACAACAUCCCUGGUUCUGUGACAAUUGUUCACACUACAAUCUUGAACCUUUUGCCAAUGAUCCAUUAUGAACGCAGUCAUAUAAUUCAGAUUGCAAUGAUCUCUGAGCUAGGCGCACCUGCUAACUUCUGGUCAUAUAUGAAGCCAACAAUUGAUAACCUUUUCGUGUUGCAGCAAGCAGAAAUGGUAAUUAAGAUACUAAUCAAGACAAUCCAAGCAAAGGUACACGUCUUGAUGAUCAUGAGUAACAUCCCAGCCUUAGCAAAGUUGGCCUGCCAUGUUGGACACAUGAGUAAGUCUGGUUGCAGAAUUUGUAACGUUGUUGGGGAGACACCUGGGCGUGGCCAGUACUUCCAAACCUUCCUUGCAACUACUAUCUGCACAAAGGAAAGUUUCCAAAACUACAAUGAGACAAGUCCGUCUGACAGAAUUAAGUUAAAUAGACAAUCGUCUCUUGCCAAACUCUCUUUCUUUUCUGGUCCACUGUUUUUUGCAUUGGCUGAGAUGCAUGGCUUAUGUCAUGGUAUUGCAAAGCAGGUCUGGGAACUCGUUUGUGAUAAAUAUGGAGAGAAGAAUUCUCUGGUUCUUUGUCUUGCUACGCAAAGGGAAAUUGGUGCUGCCAUAGCAAUGACAAGAAGCACAGUUCCCACUUUAUUUCAUGGUGUAUGGAUCAAUGUGUCAACAAGGUCUGGAUACUUUAGGGCUGUAUACUGGGCCAAUUUUUUCUUGUUCAUUGUUCCCACCAGAUCAUGUUUACAACCAAGUUACCCGGAAUGCACUGCUUAG